AGCCUAACAUCUUCCUUGUUUUCACCGUUGUUCUUCUUCGAUCCUCCUCCAAUAGUAUUUUUGCCACAGUACGAAGGUUCUCCGUCUAUUUAGGCAUAUUGCUAGAGUGGUCAAGUGUUAGUACGCAAGCAAAAACAAGGUUACUCGUUCUUUUCGCGACAGUAUACCCUGUUCAACGAUACAAAGAAUAAUCGUACAUCUUCAGUGUUUUAUUUUCUCGUGUACGGUCAAUACACGAAUUCAACGUGCGCGCCAAGUAGUUUUAGAUAAAUUAUAAAUUAUAUUUGCGUAUUCAGCCACAGUUAUUACAAUUCAUUUUCAACGUAUUACAUAAAAAAAUAGUUUUACUGUGAAACCAGUGUGUAUACGUAACGACGUAUUUACUGUCAAGUUUUUCGAUUCGACUGAUCCUGUGACUUAUUUUAUACAAGUUAUAGACAUAAAUAACAUUUAUUCAAGCAGCUAAUUCAACGUUAAAACACAAAAUUUAGUUGUUAAAUAUUAAUUACGAAAUGUUUUUCCAAUAAGUAGAUAGUAUAAAGUGUUUAUAGUUACUUGUGACUUUAAUUGUUAAUUUGUUAAUUUAAAGUCAACUGUGAGUGAUUUGUGAGUGAUUCGAAAUGUCAAGUAGAGGCGUUACUUCCACAGAAAAUGACUAUUUUCUUUGUUUAAGACUACCAAAUUUUCUUAUAGAUCCUGAAGAUGAAGGAAGUGAAAGCCCAGUUUUUGGAUUAGAAGGUAGUGGAGUAGCUACAGGUGGAACCUCUCUCAGACUAACAUCUCACGAAUUACCUAAUGAGAUUUCAGCUCCUUACGAAGUUCCACAAUUUCCAAUCGAACAAAUUGAAAAGAAGCUCUUAAUCCAAAGACAGUUGACCGUCAAAGCUGCCAAAGAUUUAGAGGAACGUCGUAGCCAUUAUGAACCUUCGCUUGGACCCGGUGUACCAGAUGAAAUUGAUCAUCUUCUUAACUUCGAUGACAAUGAUUUGGUACCACAUUUUCAGAGGGUCUCCAUAUCGGGAGAAGAUACGUCUGGGGUUCCCUUGGAGGACCUCCAACGAGCAUCUCGGAUGUUGGUUCAAGCAUUGGCAAUACGUGAAAAAUACAUGAACAAUUCUAAGCAAAUUUUUCCUUCUAUAACAUCACGAUUUCUACGUAGUGUUGACAAAAGGCCAGUGAAUAGCGAUGAUGAAGUUCAACAUGACGAUCGUAAAGCUAUUGCAGAUCAUCCUGUGCACGCGCCAGCAUCACGAGGAGAUCCCUGGGAAUGCGUGUUUCCUGUGACAAAAAAUUACAAAAUUUCACCCGUUAAUGGUGUUUUUAAUGUAUACGCUAACGAAGAAGACUUAGCUAAUGGAAAGCCUAUUCCUUACUCGUAUCCUGAUUUAGCGAUUUUUGUCAGAGAUAUGAAUAUUCUCUGUACAAUGAUCGCUGACGGCCCGUUAAAAUCGUUUUGCUACAGAAGGUUGAGUUAUCUCUCAUCUAAAUUUCAAUUACACGUACUGUUAAACGAACUUAGAGAACUUGCCAGUCAAAAAGCAGUUCCCCACAGAGACUUCUAUAAUAUCAGAAAGGUUGAUACUCACAUUCAUGCAGCAUCUUGUAUGAAUCAAAAACAUUUACUAAGGUUUAUCAAGAAAACUUUAAAAAACCAUGCCGACGAAGUUGUUACGUGCUCAAAAAGUGGAGAAACGAUGACUCUUCAAGAAGUGUUUCAGUCUAUGAAUUUAACGACUUACGAUCUCAGUGUGGAUAUGUUAGAUGUACACGCAGAUAGAAAUACGUUCCAUAGAUUUGAUAAAUUUAAUGCCAAGUACAAUCCAAUUGGUGAGAGCAGACUUCGUGAAGUAUUUUUGAAAACUGACAAUUAUUUGAAUGGUAAAUUUUUUGCAAGAAUAAUUAAAGAAGUUGCCAGUGACCUGGAGGAAUCAAAGUACCAAAAUGCGGAACUACGUCUCUCAAUUUACGGUAAAAAUCCAGAAGAAUGGGAUAAAUUAGCAAAAUGGGCUAUUGAAAGUAAUGUUUAUUCGGACAACGUGCGUUGGCUCAUUCAGAUACCUCGACUUUAUGAUAUUUUCAAAUUGAACAAGCUGAUGACAAACUUCCAAGAAAUAUUGAAUAAUAUCUUUUUACCUCUGUUUGAAGUGACAAAUGACCCCAAUUCACAUCCAGAAUUACAUAAAUUUCUUCAAUAUGUAAUAGGAUUUGAUUCGGUUGACGAUGAAAGUAAACCUGAAAAUCCCUUAUUUGACAAAGAUGUUUGUCCCCCUGCAGAAUGGGUCGAUAUUGAAAAUCCUCCAUACGGAUAUUAUCAAUACUAUACUUAUGCUAAUAUGACUGUUUUGAACCAUUUCAGAGCAGAACAAGGUUUAAACACGUUUGUUCUUAGACCUCAUUGUGGUGAAGCUGGUCCCAUUCAGCACCUUGUGUGUGGUUAUAUGAUGGCAGAAAACAUUUCUCAUGGUCUUUUACUUCGAAAAGUUCCAGUACUACAAUAUUUAUAUUAUUUAGCACAAAUUGGGAUUGCAAUGUCACCCCUCAGUAAUAAUUCUCUAUUUUUAAAUUAUCAUCGUAAUCCACUUCCAGAAUAUUUAGCAAGAGGAUUGUGUAUAAGUCUCUCUACAGAUGACCCUCUUCAAUUUCACUUUACUAAAGAACCUUUAAUGGAAGAAUAUAGCAUUGCUGCACAGGUGUGGAAACUCAGUUCAUGCGAUAUGUGUGAAUUAGCACGUAAUUCAGUACUAAUGAGCGGUUUUCCACAUAAGAGUAAGCAGUACUGGCUAGGGCCAAAUUAUACUAAGGAAGGGGUAGCUGGUAAUGAUAUUACUCGAACAAAUGUACCAGAUAUUCGAGUAGCUUAUAGAUAUGAAACCCUAGUUGACGAAUUAUCAAAUAUUUUUAAAGUUGUUGAAAAACCCGAAGCUGUUCCAUUUUAAUUGUUAGUGAUAGUACAAAAAAUUCUUAAAAUAUAAUAAUCAUUCUAUUAUUGCUAAUAAUAUUCAUAACAUUUUAUGAAAUUUCGACGAAAACUAUUUGUCAUUCAAAUUCUAUAACCUAAAUAAUUAAAAAAUUUAUUAUGUUAAAAAUCACUGUCAACUUCCAAUGAGUUUUCUAAGAAAGAUUAUUUUUUC